AUGGGAAUAUACCAAAGGUAUGCUUCUAGAGAGCAUGAUGAAGCAUUUUUCAAUAGUUCAAAACGUGACCAAUCGAUCAAUAAUUCAACCAAUGUUUCACAGUCAAUUCCUAAAUCUACAGACCUUACUUCAAUAGAUAUACCUCCCUUAUCUGGUCAAUAUGAUGCUGAACAUAAAGAUAACUCCCAUAUAACCACUAUAAACGACUAUGUGAGAAUGUUCCCUCUGGCUGCUUUCUAUGUUGGCCAUGAUAAGGAAUUAUUUGAAGAUGUAAUAGUCAUGGUUUACAACCAUUUGAAGACUAAUAAAAUAAGUACCAAAGCAUUAACAAAAUUCGGUUUAACUUCCUAUGACAAUAUGAAAUUAGAUCCCAACUCAAGAUUCUGGCCUAGUUGUGAAAAUUUAUCUGAACAAUCACAACAAUCACCAGUGAAAAGAGCUUUAGCCAUAACCAAUUUAAAGAAUUAUAACAGACUUUCUAACCAUAGUGGAUCCAUAGAAUUAAAUAGAUCGUGGGAUGAGACUAAUGCAGGCUCUUUAGCUGAAUCCAUGAUCUUGUUAGAGAACAAGACUCCAGAAGAAGUUGGUCUCAAGCUUACACAAAUUGGUUUAUUACAGCUGCAUCAAUUGGAUUCUGUCUUAUUAGAUAUUGUCUACGAUAACUCUGAUCAAAGAGCCAUAAAUAACAAUAACAGACUCGUGUUCCUAAUUGGUGAACAGUUGGAACAAUUGUUUGAUCCAUUACUUGAAUAUUCACCAGAAGCAAUGCAAAUUGAAUAUAUUGUUCCUACUACUGCAAACUAUGCUCCAACUAAAGUUAAUAGUCAUUUAAUAGAUUCUGUUGUCACCGAGUUAAUCACAGUUCAGGCUAACUUCACUAUGGGAUUAGUUAAUUUAUUACAAAACUUCAUAAUCCCUCUAAGGAUUAGUGUCUUGUCAUCGACUGCUAAUACAGGUAUAGCCAAGCUUAAUCAAGUUUUCCCACCCACAAUUGACGAAAUAACAAGAAUCAAUUGUAUUUUGCAUGAUGCUUUGAGCAAAGCUCAUAGCUACGGUUAUAUGGAAGUCAUGAAAGUUAUGAAUAUGAUAUUGCCAUAUUUUUAUAAACCAUUCAUUAGACAUGAAGCAAAUUUAAGAAAUUUCUCAUCCAAGAUUGAUAGAUUCAAUAAAAAGAAUCGUUCCAAUGUGUUUGAGAAUGAUUCCAUUAAUCAAGGUGGUUAUAGUUACAGAGGGGUAGAGUCUAUAGUUUCUGGUUCAUUAAUGGAAUUACCUAGAUUCAAGUUAAUUUUAAAAAGAUUACAAGAAACAAUACGAUCUGAAAAAGUCAUACUUGGGGUAAAUAGUGAAAGUGACGAAGAAGCUAAACUCUUCCAAACAUAUUUCAGUAGAUCUAUUGAAGUCAUUGAUGCCUUUGGAGGUGAAGAAAAUCAAUUAUCCAUUGAUCCAAGACAAAGAAUAUUUACACCAACUGGUAAAAUACUAACAGAAUUAGCCAGUAAAUGGCCCAGCGAGUUACAGUAUGGUUGGUUAUCUAGAAAAGUUGUUGGUAUCUUUAAAUUGAAAAAUGUUAAAUCAGAAGGUAUACAUGAUAUCGAAAUUUUGAUUAUCUUUUCCGAUCAUUUAUUAUUCAUAACUAUCGUUGAUAAUUCUUACUAUUUAAGGGAUGGCUCUAGUAAGAACCUUUCGAUACCAGACAUCUUAAUGCAUUCAUUAAUUAAUGAAAAACCUCUUCCAAAUCUUUCUUUGUUCCCAGAUAUGCAAGUUACAAAUUGGUGUGAUAUAAAUGAUGUUUUGGUCACUUCAUAUAAAGCAGUUGGCUCUGAUGGAACAGAGUCUGACUUGCUUCGUUUCCUCAGUAAACAUCAGAAUGGUUUUAAUAGUACAAAUCAAGAAGAGAGAAAGUUUUCCAAGAAUUUUGAAGUCAUAAAUACCAAGAGAAGUGAAUUGCACAAUAGUACUUCCAUACUUAAAUUGAUUAAUAAAGCUAGAGUAUUAUUGAAAAGUCAGCCAUUCCAUUUGUUUAGAAGUGAUACUCCUAAUUUGAGUCUAUACUCUACUGCUCAUGAUGUCUCAGUUUAUGAAGCUGAAACAUGCAAAUCUCCAAUUGCGUUAUUUUUGAAUAUGAAAAUCAAAGAUACUGAGGUCUAUUUCACAGAUCAUCCUUAUUUAGAUUUGAUAAUUCAUGCUAAUCUCGUGACUGAUGGCUUGGUUAGAAUCAAAGCGGUCGAUAAAUUUGGAAUAUUCAAAUCUAGACUGACUUGUGAGAUUCAAGAUUUUCAGAAAGUUAUUAAAGAGUUUGUCGGUAAUUUCUACGCUUGUGUUUUCAAAUCAUCAAAUUCUAUAUCUAAUCAUGCUAUUGAAGCUACUGGACAAGAUAUCAAAUAUGUAUUAGAUACAUUUAUGAAUUCUGACAUUGAAAAAUUGAAAGAAGAAUUAAGAGAAAAGCAAGAUCGAGUAAAGCCAAUACCUUUAAUAGAGAGAAAGACUCAUAAGAAAACUCUCAGUGAAGCUCUUUCAAUUCCAGAAAGUUAUUUAACCAAGAAAGUAACAAACGUUACAACUAACGUUCAACCCGAAGAGAAGAAGUUAACAAUAGAGAAGAAAGAAAUGAAAGAGGAACCAUUAUCUAAAACUCAAAAGGCCAAAAGAAGAAGAUCUUUUGUUCAGACGAUAUUCCAAGCAUUUAAACGAAAAAAUACUGGUAAAGUAUCCCCUGAUGUUAGUCAAGUCAAAGAAAAUGGUUAUAUCCCCCAAGGUGAAAAGAAGGAAUACAAAAAGAUUUAUAAACCAAAUCCAGAAUUA